UUUGAAAUUUUGUGUCUAUUUCUUUCUGAAUUUUUCUUUCGCCCUUUUCUGUACAAAAAUUUUCCAUCUUUAAAUGAUUGGUUGGAUCAAACCCUAGACUCUCCCCUCUGUUCUGAUUGCUUGGAUCAAAUCAUCGAAUCGAAUUCUAUAAAUGAUAUCUCAGGGCAGUUGGUUGCUGUUGAGGAAUACAAAACCCAAAGUUGCAUGGGCAACUGAGCAUUUGAACUGAAAAAAUAAUAUUCACUUAGGUGAGACUGAAGACUCUGGGUCACCUGGAUUUGCACCGCCUACAUGGUGGAAGGUUUGAUAGACAGAUGGAAUUGCAUAGAGCUUAGGCUGCAGGAGUUGUGUCAUUAUCAUAGUCAGAACUCAAGAGGUGAAGGAGGUGUUUUAUACAUCUUUUAUUCAAGUUGAGGAGCAUAAAAGUAACAGGAAUGUAAUGGCAAGCACAUCUAGCCAGGGAUUUGAUUUGAUGGGAAGCAGCAGGGUUAUGGAUGAUGAAUCUUUGAAUGAGCUUGAAACAGUAGAAGACUGUGAUGGUGUUAGUGGAAAUGAAAAGAUGAUUGAACCUCCUGCUGAAGGAUUAACCGCAAAUGUGGAACAUCCAGAGCCAUAUGUUGGGAUGGAAUUCACUUCAUCAGAUGAUGCUAGGGACUAUUAUUGUGUAUAUGCCAGACGAAAUGGUUUCACAAUACGUGUAAACCGUAAACGCAGAUCACGUAUAGACCAUGCUGUUAUUGGUUAUGAUUAUGUAUGUUCAAAAGAAGGCUUUCAGCGAAAGAAAUUUUUGAGGGAAGAUAGGAUCAUUCGUUUGUCAAAACAAACAAGGGUAGGAUGCAAGGCAAUUUUAGUUAUAGCUUAUAGAAGAGAUGGAGGGAAAUGGGUUGUUACCAAUUUUGUAAGAGAGCACAAUCAUGAACUUAUGGUACCUAGUGAAGUGCCAGUGAGGCGACAGGAUAGACCUGAUAAGGCACUCAGCGAGGAUGAAAAGGAUAGAAGAAUCCGAGAAUUAACCAGCCAGCUGUACAAUGAGAGGCAACGAUGUCAAAGACGGUGUGAAGCAUAUGAAGAACGGUGUGCAGCAUAUAAGAUACAGUUGAGAAGUAUUUUGAAUGAAAUUGAGAUGCACACAGAACACUUGACAAAGAAAGUUCAAGAUGUUGUUCAGUACAUAAAAGAAAUUGAGGAUGAAGAUCCUGAUAUAAGGUUGCACCCACUCAAGUGAAGCAAGUAUUCUUUUGUUGAAUGUGCUGGUCAUGGUUGUUGUACUUUUUCAAUGGUAUAAUUAUUUAAUAAUCUUAAUUACAUUUUAGCAAUUAUCUCAGGAGAUGAAUGUUAGAUUGAAUAAAGGGGAGCCAAACACCACAUGAGGCCACUUCACCAGUUUGUCAAUUAGGGCUGCAACUUGGUUCAGUAUGGGGCUGGGAAAUCUCAACCCUAAGUUGGGUAGGACUUGGUUUAGAUAAUCUGAUCCAAAUAUGCUUGUUAACCGGGACCUGUUAAUCCAUACCAUGAAAUUUCCAAAAUGAAGACAGUCAAGCCCCAGAAGAAAGAAAUGUAAACAUACUUUCACUCAUCUCAAAUCAACUUUCCCUGGCAUGCCUGAUGCAGGCUACAACUUUGUUGGAACUUACAACUUCUACAAUUGACAUCACCAGGACCACCACAUAUUCUGGAACCUGAAGCUGGUGGAAUAGAAAAGAUCAUUUACUUUGUUUCAAUCCAUCAAGCAUUGGGGGAUGUUCCUAGAAUUGAGAAUGGGACAUUCGUAGCAGCUACAAGUUUGACCAACUCGUGGCCUUGAGCAUUGUUUUGUUUCUUUUCUUAGUUUUAGGUAAUAAUAGAUGCGGUUUUAUCUAUUUACAACAUUUUUUUGAGGCGCAUCUAUUUACAACAUUAAUUUUCUUAAUUUUGUCUUUUCUA